ACAGGAUUCUGUCCACGAUAGACAUGGAAAGAUUUGUGGCAGUGGUAAAAUGUUUAACAUUUUUUGUUAUCGCUCUCCUCAUAUAUGAAAACGGUUUGUUCAACAAGGUGAAUAUAUGGGUAUCCACAAUUUAUGACUACGAGACUUCAAAAUUGAGUUUUGAUUCCAUGUACCUUAUCAACACACCUGGGUGUCGGAUUCCGAAUUUUGAGGCAUUUGAUCUAUCAAUUAGGGAGAAGAUUCAGCCCGGUAAGUUUGCGAACUGUGCAAAGAAUCCUUCAUUUGUAGAAAUAAAGUCAAACUGUUUAAAGAUCAAUCGCGAAGUUGUGAAAAAAUCACAUUACAAAAAUUCGUUCUCCUUUUGCCGAGUCCAUAGUAUCUUUCGACCGAGACAAGGAAAGCAUCAUGAUUAUUUCAGAUACGUUAAUGAGAGCAUUUUGACUGAUAAACAGAUGUGUUUCCAAAGCAACAUGCUAAGAGUCCAAUGCUUUGACAACAAAAAUGUCACCAUAUAUACAAAUUUUCAUUGGAUUCACCAAAAUAAUAAUUCGUUUGAAGAUAUAUGUGAUGAACGGACCAAGAACAGGAAGGACAAAUCAAACAUCACCGAGACCUUGAGCGUUCUGCUCUUAGGCAUAGACUCCACCUCUAGACUAAAUUCUCACCGAUUCUUUACAAAAACAAGACACAUUUUAACAAGGAAACUGAAUUCCAUAGAAUUUAGAGGCCAUAACAUUGUUGGUAUGGAUACCUUUAUGAACGUAGUUCCUUUGUUAACAGGAAAGAGUAUUUACGAACUCAAGGAAGACGGUAAGUUUGGAAAUACUACCAUGGAUGAUUUUCAUUUCAUUUGGAAGGAUUAUGAAGAAAACGGAUACAGAACAUUGUAUGCCGAAGAUGCAGCAUAUAUGUCUGUGUUUGAUUAUCUGAAACCCGGCUUUAGAAACUUUCCAACUCACUUCUAUAACCGCCCAUGGUCUGUGGCAUGGUGGUACGCCAAUGCUCCUCGUUGUAUGGGUGGUCGUUCGGAACCGGAAGCUAUUAUGGAAUAUAUGACACAAUUUGUUGAAGUGUAUCAAUCCAAACCGUAUUUUUCUUUUGCCUUUCUUUCGUCACUGACCCAUGAUAGUCAAGAAUUAUCGGCAGAGAUGGACGAAAUCAUGUCAAAAUUCUUCAACAAGGCUUUAGAAUCAAAUGCUUUAAACAACACAAUCGUGCUUUUCUUUGCUGAUCAUGGACUUAGGAUUGGCAGUACACGUUGGUCGGAUAUUGGUUCGUAUGAGGUAUUGUCACCUAUGUUCUUCAUUUCCACUCCUGGAUGGUUUUCCAAAAAAUACAGAACAAUCGAUAGAAAUUUAAGAAAUAACGCAUAUAAACUAACUACAGUUUAUGAUAUUCACGAAACCCUACGAAAUAUUUUAAAUUUUAGUGGACAGGUUCAAAAUCACAGUUCUCCCCAGAGAGGAGAAAGUUUAUUUACAGAUGUCUUCAACACGAGAAACUGUACUGAUGUUGGUAUACCUCUGUCUAUGUGUACAUGUAGUCAGUACAUAGAAAUUAAAAAUUUCACAUCUGUUUAUGCGGACCAUGACUUAUCUGCAAUCAUUAUUUCAAAAUUAAACGAAUUGGUGAAAGAUCAUACAUCAAUAUGUGCACAUCUUUCUCUUGACAAAACAAUAUCGGUGUUUAAAGCUGCAUAUGGAAAAAGACAGCAUACUUACAGAAUAACCAUUCGAACAUUGCCUGGAAAAGCAAUGUUCGAAGCGUCUGUUUAUGUCGACUCAUCGAGAAACAAGCUUAAAGUGGGACCAAUAUUACGUAUCAACAGAUAUGGAAAUCAAUCGAAGUGUGUGAAUGACUACUUUUUACGGAACUACUGUUAUUGUAAAAAAAUGUGAUCUUUGGUGUAUUAUGUUUGCUUUAAAGAGAAUACAGACGUCAAGUUUACCAAAUGUAAAUUUAUGUGGUAAGAUUGAAAAAUACAUUAAAUAAAUUCAGUUUUGCAA